AUGCUAAGAAAUGCAAAGUUUCCACUUACAUUGUCCUUCAAAAACGUGUAUUUUUUCCAAUCUGGGAUUGGAAUUUUAGCCAAUAGCUCCCUCCUUGUCUUCCACAUCAUCACAAAGCACCAGAUUCAUAGACCAAAGCCCACAGAAAUAAUCACUUGCCACUUGGCUUUUGUUCACAUAGUGAUGCUAAUUAUUACACUGGAUAUUUUAUCAGAAGACAUGUUCAAAUCACUCAAUUUUCCAAAUGAACUGAAAUGUAAGCUUUUGUUCUACUUGAGUAGGGUGACUAGGGGUCUCUCUAUCUCCACCACCUGCCUCCUGAGCAUUAUCCAAGCCAUCACCAUCAGUCCCAGCUCUUUCUACUCCUCAAGAUUUAAAUAUAAACUCACAAGACAUGUCGCCAUUGCUUUGUCCUGCAUUUGGCUCCUUACCCUUUCUUCCAAUAGCUUCUUGGUCAUCUACACUGUGGCUCAUUCCAACAGGACCAAUCUACUCAGUGUCAGUAAGUACUGCUCACUCUUUUCAAUGAACAGUGUCAUUAUGGCGCUAUUUUUCACACUGACAUUGUCCCAGAAUGUCUUCUGUGUAGGAAUGAUGCUGCUCUCCAGCAUGUACAUGGUGAUUUUCUUAUGUAGCCAUCAGAGGAAGUCUGAGUACCUUCACAGCAUGAGCAUUUCCCCAAGAAUCUCACCAGCCAAAAGGGCCACCCGUACUGUCCUAGUGCUGGUGAGUUUGUUUGUGAUUAUGUACUGUGUGGAUAUUACCAUCUCAUCCUUCUCAACUGUACUGUGGAAAUAUGACCCAGUUGUCCUGGAUAUCCAGAGACUGGUGGGAAAUGUCUAUGCCAGUGUGAGUCCUUUGGUGUUUAUUAGUUCUGAUAAAAGAAUAAUUGGCAUUCUGCAAAACAUGAUUGAUAUUAUAACCAUUUUGACAAGUUGA